CACACACACACACUCUAAAAGUUUAUUCAAUCUAGAAUUAAAAAAUAAAUAAUAUCUACUUUUGAAUAUUUCCUUAUUUGACCAACACCUUGUGGCAGCUAACAGCUUUAUUACUUUAUACUAAGUGACGGUCAAGUUCAAAUGUUUGUAUCUAUAACUUUACUAUAAAUGCUGUGCUUUAUUCUGCAUAUUUCCUCAUAAGACUUACUCGAGUUGAAUGGCUAUAAAUGCGUGUUAUAUUUUUAUGGAGACUUUGAAAUUCAAAUAAUAUAAUAUUAUUAUUUCCAGGUGGAUAUGGGCUAUUCUUAACAAACAAUUUUAAGUGAUAGCAUACAUAUUUUAUAGUAAGCACAGUCAGAAAGAAUGAUGUUAUUUAUGUAGCAAAGCCGCAUUAAAUAUCGUCUGUUGUUGUAAGCAAAUGAAAAAGAACAGCCAAACCAUUCAACUAAAACGUUCCCACUGUUGUGGGUUCUUUAGGCUUCCCUUGGUGGUUUGUUUUCCUUGAAGGAAGCUUUAAAGGGUUGCACAAGGCUAUAACUGUGGCAACCUGUCUGCUCAGAAUCAAAGAGAGAAAAAGGGAAGAAAAGGCCUUUGUUGAGGCUAUUGCCCUGUCUGGACAGGACCAGUGGAUUCCAGGAGGGUAAUUUCAAUAUCGAGCAGACAGUGUACUAGACAGUGACCUUGACAGUGCUAUAUUCUCCUUUUACCAAGUUCUUUUUUUUGAUGUCAAAAUUUUCGUUUUGAGAGAGCACAAGGCAUAUAGCUCACGGUCAGUUAUGACAUCAUCGCUGUGCUAGAGAUGUACUGAACAGACGAGCAGUUGUUUGAAUGUGAAAUGCGGAUCUGUGAGAGCAGUGGAUCGGAGGCGUGGAGAGACGAGACAAGGAGGCGCAACACAUGGCCUCUUUCACCGAGGUAAAGUGGCGACUACAUGCCUAAAAGUUACUCUCUCACUGGAUGACCCGUCCGGGCCAUUUUGUUGUAAACAUUACACUGCACUGUUUUGCUUUUGGUAACUGUUAUAAUAACACGAGAAGCUGUGAAGUGAUAUCAAGACACAUCAGUGCUGCUCAUAAGACUGAGGAAUAUAAUAUUAGGUUGAUGUUGUGCUGCAUUACGAGACUCACUAACUAGAUGGAAGAAUGUGCAAUGAUAGGAGAUAGCAAUGAGUCCAAAGGACAGAAUGAAACCGCAAAUCAUCCCUAAGAGCUUCUCCAGUUUAAACAUUUGAUAUUUUUCUUUCUAUUUAAGGCUGGAGCAAGGCCCUGUGCCUUUGGGUUAGAUAGGAUAGAUGGUCACAAGUGAAGGAUCCAGAUAUCAAAUAUCGGCUGACUUGCAAAUCGUUUCCAACCCAAUGUUUAAAUGAAUGCUGAUGUUCUCACAUAACACCUCAUUGGCAAAUGUGUUGCACGCAACUAUCCACAUUCAGCACGCAUGUGCACGGCGCUGUAACCCUGCACUUUUUUUUUUAUACAUCCUUACCUUUAAAAUACUAGUAGUUAAUUACUCAAUUAAAUGAGACUAUUUAUUUUUAUUAUUUGGACUCUUGUCAAUUAUUUUUAUUCUAGGAUAACCACGUUAAGAAAGAUGAUAUGUUGCUUUUUAAAACAGCGUAACAGCUAUCGGCGCAUCUUGGAAUAUAUUCAUAUUACUUUAUGACAUUAGGCUGUUAGUCCACACUUUCAGCUGCCACAGCCCCUCUUAUAUGUUUAUUGUAUUUUAUUGGUUGUAAUUUCUACUACUUCUGUUUAUUUAAAUGGAGUAUUUGAGUUCAAUAUCAAGUUCAACCCACCAUGACUCUGCGUCGUGAACUUGAGUGGAUUGGCGGCGACUUAAGUGUGUGCUUGUUUAUAUUUAGGAUUUUUUUUUUCUUACUCUAAUUCCGUGUUUUUGAUGAGUCAAACAAUUUGUCCUUGAUGUAGUCAGACUUUAAAAAAAAAAAAAAAAAAAAAAAAGAAAUAAAAAAACUGUCAUGAUGAAGACAUAAGCAGAUGCCCCCUGCUGAGUUGUGACAACUUUUGUGAUCCAUAAAUUGAUUUUGUCCUCCGUACAUGUAGUCGAGAUUGUGAUGGCGGUAAAUUAUGAAUUUAUAAACGGAAAUCGAGACUGUCAGAACAGCUACUGUAUUGAUAUUGCGGAAUACAGAAAGUUUUUACACGAUUUGAAUGUCUUGCUGGAUUUCUUUUUCAAUUAAUGUGGAGGCGGGAGAGGAAUGCAGAAGUCACGGAUCAGUCAUAAGAAUAUGUUUGAGGAUGAUGUUUGGUCAAGUUGAUGACCAGAGACCACAUUAGAAAUUCUUGCGCCAGCUGUUGGCGGAAGGCCUGAAUCUUGUGUUUCAUGGCGAAGUUUUGCAGAAAAGUACUCUGUGGUGAACUCUGAGAAAAGUUUUGUUUAUAAAAGAGUCCCCCUUUUUUUUGUUUUUUUGUUUUUUUUUUUUUUCCAGAACAGAGGCGUCACCACAGUAUGGUACAUCACAUAUUUGUUCAGUGUCUUCAGAACUGAAUCCACAAAUCAACUAAUUAGCGAGAUAUAAAGGCGAGAGACUCGGCUGAUUGAAUCAGUUAAGUGCCCUCUGAUAUCUUGUAAAAUUCAUAUAAAAGAAUUGUGAGAGGUAUAACAAUCCCACCAGAGUUUGGCUGCGAACGUUUAUUGGAGGUAUCUGUUAAAGUUGUUCAUGUGAGGUGUACUAGAGCAUAUUAUGUGAAAUAUACCCUCUUAAAGUAACCUUGUAGAAUAUCGUCCUCUUUUACAGAGCCAGUGGCUUCAACCUGCUGACCCUGUUACUGUAAAUAUGAGUAGAGUGCGGCAAUGAGCAUCAGUCUUUUCUUAAAACAAGCUUGUAAAAUUGGGACAUCACAGCUUUAUAUGACAUGGAAUUCAACCAUAAUUUGCUAGAAAACAAGAUGUCAUAUGCACCCUCUCCUUUAAGAAAAAUAGUUUUCAUAAGAAAAAGCAUUUUAAAAAAGUUUUGCCAGCUUAUAAAGAUAUUAAACGAGGCCAUUGACAGUUCCACGAGUGUAAAAAGAGAAGCAGCCUGGACUCCUUUUUUGGACUCAGCAUGGCUCAAGUGAAGAAAAACAAGAUUCUACAUUUUUAAUAAAAGGUUUAUAGUAUUUUUAAAAAGCAUAUAAACCUCUGUAAUACAGAAGUUAAUGUUUUGUUUUGUCUGAGAUGGACCAAGUGGGUGGUACCAUGUGUAGCAGAAGUUAGCCUGGACACGUGGUUUGAGGAUGACCAAUCAGGCGCCCCUCCAGGUUUAACUAUGUUAAAUGUCAGAUUGCAAUAAACUAGAAGCUGUUGGUCGGGCCCGCGGAAAUGGGCGAGCAUAAUCUCCUUAAUCCAGGGUUUGUGGGACCUUUGGUAAACAUCCACACUGGAGACACAUUUUACUUUCCGAAUUUUAGAGCCUCAGGGGGACAACUGGCGGGGCUACCGUCUCUCUCCUACCCGAGAAGGGACAAUGUUUGCUCCCUCCCGUGGAAUCCUUCGGAGCCGUGCAAUGGAUACUCUCAAUCCUACUUUAGCAGCCCCGUGUCUAUUAACCCUUCUUUCAAUCGGUCGUGUGAAAUUACCAGACCAGAAGAGGGUAAAUGUUAUUAUAGCAACGGCAGCGGAAACAGGGAGACCUGUUCAGGUGGCAACAGCCUCAAACGAGAGGAUAGGGCGAGAGACACAUCAUCCCUAACAUCUGACCACGGGAUGCACAGUGGAAUUGGCACCACUGCCGCCUUUUCCAAAUAUGAUUAUGGGACCGAGCAGCUAACGCAAGACCCGCCAUCCUGUCAGUCAAUGGAGUCCGACUCCAGCUCCUCUCUGCUCAACGAGGGCAGCAAGCCUACAUCCAGCGACACACAGACCCUGGUGUCACCGGGAAGCCAUUCAAGCAACAUAGCCGCAGGCGGAGGUGCCCCGUGGUACCCGAUGCACACUCGGACCAGAAAGAAGCGUAAACCGUAUUCCAAACUUCAGCUGGCUGAGCUAGAAGGUGAAUUCAUGCUGAAUGAGUUCAUCACCAGGCAGCGGCGGAGGGAGCUCUCCGACCGUCUGAACCUCAGCGACCAACAAGUCAAGAUCUGGUUCCAGAACCGCAGGAUGAAGAAGAAGAGACUCAUGCUGAGGGAGCAAGCUCUGGCCUACUUUUAGAGAUGCGGCAGAAAGUGAAUCGAUAGGCAGUAAAGGCCAAACCGUCUGCGCUCUCUUAGGUCUUCUUUCAAUGCAUGCACUCAUCUAUCCAUCUUUUACAUUGCAGACAAUUAUUACAACAUUUUCUGAUAUUUUUUUUUCUUCUUAAAGGUGCGGGCUACACAAGCCCAAAACAAUCCACUAUAUGGCAUUAAAAACGUCAGUUAAGACUGCGUUCAUGUUAUAAUCGCACAAAAAGCUGUGACAAUGUUUUUUUGUGUCUGGAUGCAUCUCUUGGUUUUCCUGAUGUGUCAAGAGAUUGGUCUAACUCCCCAAAUGUAAGCCACGCGAAAUAUGUCGUCAAGGCAAUAGCUCAGUUUGGGAUCACACAUAAUGACAACAUCCUAUUUGUUCGUUUUUUUAAGUCAGAAAAAAUUAGGUAGGAAACGGGGCCACUUGGUAAAAUCUAAAAAAUAAGCAUAAGAAUAAUAUUGAGGUUUAGAAAGACAGAGGAGUGUGACUGGCAGGCUGGCGCCGCAUACGCACAAUCAAUUUCUCAGAGAUUAUGAACGCAUAACUAGGAAUCUCCCUCUCGGUUGCUUAAUCCUUCCACAACCAUAAUUUGCUGAGUAAGAGGAACACCAUCCUUAUCUCCUUCCCCAUAGUUUUCGCCACGCGUUUGUGGGCACGUUCACGGUCACGGACAGGAAGUCUGGAAGUCUGCAUGAGGAGAGGGAGGACUAAAACCGCAAUGUAAUCCAUACCGAUAUCUUUAUGACUGCGUGCUAACAAGUUUCUAAAAGGUAUUUUCUUACUUUUAUCACCUUUCAACUUGUCCUAACAACAGCCACAGAAUCCUGCGUGGGUUGCAUUUCUUUAAUUGAGUGAGAUCACCGAUUUUGAAUACGAUUUUGAGCUGCUAUCGAAGAUCCACGUCCAGAUUGUGCCAGUUAAAAAAAAUAGCGUAUUCUACAUUAAACUUGCAAGGAUCUUUAAACGAAAUAUUCAACAGUUUAAGUACAUUUAAGGCCAACUUGGUUAGACAAGGCGACCGCCGAAAGUUGCAAGUGGAGGGGAAAUAAGUUUUUAGGCCCGAAAAAGCAUUUCUGAAUCUUGGUGCUCAUAAUGAGAAUAACUAUGUAGAAAUUUAGAAACCUUGAUAAUAGACCUACGUGUGUGCUCCCUUAAUUCGGGACGAAUGCAUCAUCUGUCAUGUAUUAUGAGUAAGCUAUAGCAGUGAAAUGUAUUUGCAGCAUGUUAUUGAUGUGAAAAUAGCUAUAAGUCAUGUUCUGCGGGCCACUUUUUCUGUAGGUGACUUUUUAUAUAAUUUUUUUUAAACAAAUCAGAAGCGAACACAACCUAAAACAUUUUUGACAUAAACGUCUACAAAGAAUGUAUUAUUAUUAUAAUUAUUAUUAUUAUUAGGAUGGAUGGACGAAGGGCCUCUUAGGCCUUCUAAAUGUACUUGCUCCUUGCAAUGUGCUCAAUGUUGUCCCUUUCCUUACCUUGUACUCGUGUAUAACUUUGUAAAAUGAAAUUACAUAUGUUACUAUUUGCAUCCUAUUUGAGGAUCCCUUAUCGCUAUGUAAUAGUGCUUUAUGUUAUUGAUCGUCUUGUACAAUAUCGCAUUCCAUAUAGCCUAUUUGUGGUUGUGAGGGUUGGGAAUGUAGGCCUAUUAUAUCAUACUUCCAAGAAUGGAUAUAAGAAAUGGUGUGCAAGAUAUGUUACCAUACCUGACAUUUAAAGAAACUCUGUUUCAGUGUACUAGCUGUUUGUCAUCGUUCUUUUAUUUCGUCCCUCAUUGCAUUCCCUUCUUUGCGCUUGUAAGGAUUGCUACAUUGUCUUGUAAAAGUAAUAAUGAUAUGAAUGUAUAUGCGUAAGGUCUUCAAUAAACAGAAUAUUGAAACGUU